AUGGCUAAUGCCUCCCCAGACCUGGACAACGCGGAUGCCCAGCGCCAGCUCAACAACAACAACCGACCAAUCGGCUCCGGGUUCUGGGAAACUGAGUGCACCAGCUCCAAACUGUUUGAGUGCUCCCGCAUUAAGGCCUUGGCAGAUGAACGAGAUGCGGUGCAGAAGAAGACUUUCACCAAGUGGGUUAACUCCCAUCUGUCCAGAGUUUCCUGCCGUAUAUCUGACUUAUACAACGACCUGAAGGAUGGAUACAUGCUCACCAGACUCCUGGAGGUCCUCAGUGGAGAGCUCCUGCCGAGGCCCACACGGGGGCGUAUGCGUAUCCACUACCUGGAGAACGUUGAUAAAGCCCUGCAGUUCCUUAAAGAGCAGAGGGUUCACCUGGAAAACGUCGGUUCACAUGACAUUGUGGAUGGAAACCACCGCCUCACCCUUGGCCUUAUCUGGACCAUCAUCCUACGCUUCCAGAUCCAGGUGAUCAAAAUAGCAACGGAGGAUAACAGAGAAACCCGCUCUGCAAAGGAUGCCCUGCUGCUCUGGUGCCAGAUGAAGACCGCAGGGUACCCUGAGGUCAACAUCCAGAAUUUCACCACCUGCUGGAGAGACGGCCUUGCCUUCAACGCCCUCAUUCACAGACACAGACCUGACCUAAUAGAGUUCCACAAGCUCACGCGGUCCAAUGCAACCCACAACCUCCAGCAAGCCUUCAACAUCGCCGAGCAGCACCUGGGCCUCACCAAACUCCUGGACCCUGAAGAUGUGAACACAGAGAACCCAGAUGAAAAGUCCAUCAUUACCUAUGUGGUCUCCUACUACCAUUACUUCUCCAAAAUGAAGGCUCUUAUUGUGGAGGGCAAGAGGGUUGGCAAGGUGCUCGACAAUUGUAUCGAGGCAGAGAAGAUUGUCAACCGCUAUGAGGCUCUGGCGUCCGACCUGCUGGAGUGGAUAGAAAAGACCAUCGCGGUCAUCAGCAACCAGAAGUUUGCCAACUCGCUGACGGGAGUGCAGCAGCAGCUACAGGCCUUCACGACCUACUGCACCAUAGAGAAGCCCAUCAAGUUUCAGGAGAAGGGGAAUCUUGAGGUCCUUCUCUUCACCAUCCAAAGUAAACUCAGAGCCAACAACCAGAAACCCUACGUGCCUCAUGAUGGGAAGCUCAUCUCCGACAUCAACAAGGCCUGGGAGAGGCUGGAAAAGGCAGAACAUGAGAGGGGCGUGGCUCUACGUAAGGAGUUGAUUCGUCAGGAGAAGCUGGAGCUGCUGGCUCAAUGCUUCGACCACAAAACGACCAUGAGACAAGCGUGGCUCAAUGAGAACCAGAGACUCGUUUCUCAGGACAACUUUGGCUAUGACCUACCAGCAGUUGAGGCGGCAAUGAAGAAACACGAGGCCAUCGAGGCGGACAUAGCUUCUUAUGAAGAACGAAUAGGGGUGGUGGUUGAGCUGAGUGCAGAGAUGGAGUCGGAGGGAUACUACGACAUACGACGCAUCCUGGCACGAAAGGAGAACAUCCUGGGCCAGUGGAGUCUGCUGAAGGAGCUGGUGGCUGGACGGAGGACCAGGCUGGAGAAGAACCUGGCUCUACAGAAGACUUUUCAGGACAUGGUCUACAUGAUCGACUGGAUGGAGGACACACAGGUCCAGCUGCUGUCGAAGGACUUUGGGAAGCAUCUCCUGGAGGUGGACGACCUGCUGCAGAAACACAGCUUGCAGGAAGCCGACAUUGGCGCGCAGGCUGAGAGGGUCGAGACACUCAACACUGCCGCACUCAAAUUCACAACUAUAGAGGGCUACCAACCUUGUGACCCACAGGUGAUCUGUAACCGUGUCAACCACGUCUCCUCCUGUUUGGAGGAGCUGAAACAACUGGCAGAUAAAAGACGCUCAGAGCUUGAAGAGUCGAGGCAACUGUGGGCCUUCUUUCAGGAGCUGGAGGAGUCGGAGGCCUGGAUCAGGGAGAAGAGCUCCAUCCUGGGAGCUCAGGGUUACGGGAAGGACCUGAGCAGUGUGUUGAAGUUACUUCAAAAACACAAGACGCUGGCUGGAGAACUACUCGCUCAUCGCUCGCUGCUUCAGAACACCAUGAAGCAAGGAAAGCAGAUCCUGAGUGAGCAGAGCUUCGCCAUGGCGGGGAUCCAGGACCGCAUCAUGGAGGUGAAGACUGAGUGGAAGAGUCUGGAGGACCAGGCGGCGCAGCGUCUUGGCCACCUGCAGGAGGCACUAAACUAUUUCCAGUUCUCGACGGAGACGGACGACCUGGUGGCCUGGCUGCAGGACGCUUACCGCCUGGUCUCCAGUGAAGACUUCGGACACGAUGAGUACUCCACCCAGUCGCUGCUGAAGAAACACAGAGGGGUCAGCGAGGCCAUCGACAAACACCGACUGCAUGUGGUGGCGCUGCGCAAACACAUGGUGGCGCUGCCUCUGCGAUACCGUGAACAGGAGGAGUCACAGGUGCGUAUGGGAGAGGUGGAGCAGCUCUAUACUGAGGUGAUUGAGGUGGCGGUGCUCAGGCAGCAGUGGCUCCAUGAUGCCCUUGCAGUCUACCGCAUGUUCAGUGAGGUCAAUUCCUGCGAGCUGUGGAUUGAUGAAAAGGAGCAGUGGCUGGACAAGAUGGAGAUCCCAGAGAAGCUGGAGGAUGUGGAAGUGGUGGCACACAGGUUUGAGAGUCUGGACCAGGAGAUGAACAGCCUAAUGGGAAGGAUCCUGGACGUUAACCAGAUAGUCCAGCAGCUCCUGGAUGGAGGUCAUCCUUCUUCUACAGAAGUCAGAGGAUGUCAGGACCACCUCAACUCCAGGUGGAACAGCAUUGUGGAGCUGGUUGAGCUGAAGAAAGAUCAGCUGGACUCGAUGUUACGCCUGCAGAACUACCUGCUGGAGUGCGCUGAGAUCAAGUCCCAGAUCCAGGACAAAAGAAAAGCCAUCGAUGCUACUCAGUACAUGGGCAGCGACCUGGGCGGAGUCCUGGCUCUGCAGAGGCGGCUCACCACCAUGGAGGGAGCCCUGUCUGUUCUGGAGCCCAAACUCCUACAUCUACAGGAAGAGGCGGAGCAUCUGGCAACCGUCCACGGAAGCCGGGCCAUGGAGGUUCUCGUUCCUUUUGAUGGCAUCAGUGUGGAGUGGGAGGAGCUGAAACGCACCCUGCAGGGCUGUGAAGACUCACUGAUGGUGGCUAGCAGGCUGCAGAGCUUCAUACAGGACCUGGACUCGUUCCUCACCUGGUUGGUCCAGACGCAGACCUCUGCUGCCUCAGACCAGCUGCCCAACGACCUCGAGGAGGCAGAGAAACUCAUCAACAAACAUGCUGCCCUAAAGGAGGAGAUCGGACGGUAUGAAGAAGACUAUGAGCGCCUGCAGGCCAUGAAUGAGCUGCUGGAGUCAGAGGAGGCUCCUCUCCCCCAGGCCGCCCUGCAGCAGUGGCUCCAGAAGCUGGAUGUCGGCUGGAACAAACUUCUGGAGAUGUGGGAGAGCAGGAGAGAGGUUCUGGUCCAGGCGCAUAUUUUCCAUCUGUUCCUUCGAGAUGUUAAACAGGCCGAGUCCUUCCUCAACAACCAGGAGUCCGCCCUGGCUCACGUGGAGCUGCCGACCACGGUGGAAACAGUCGAAGCAGCCAUAAAGAAGCACAAGGACUUCACCACCACGAUGGAGCUGAACCUGCACAGGAUCAAAGCUGUGAUCGAGGCUGGAGAGAGCCUGAUCAGCCAGAACAACAUCUACUCAGAUCGCAUCAAGGAACGCAUCGACACGCUCGCCAACAGGGGAAACCAGAACAGAGAGCUGGCCCAGCAGUGGCUGGACAAACUGAACGACCAAUGGGAACUUCAGAGGUUUCUUCAGGACUGUCAUGAGCUCGGGGACUGGGUGUGUGAGAAGAUGCUAAUGGCGAGGGACAGCAGCCGAGACGAGACCCAGAAGCUUCAUAAGAAAUGGCUCAAGCACCAGGCCUUCAUGGCCGAGCUGGCCCAGAAUAAGGAAUGGCUAGACAAAAUUGAGAAGGAGGGCCAGCAGCUGAUCCAGGAGAAGCCGGAGCUCAGCCCGGUCGUUCGAAGGAAGCUGGAGGAGAUCAGGGAGUGCUGGCAGGAUCUGGAGAGUACCACCCAGGCGAAAGCCCGUCAGCUCUUUGAGGCUAACAAGGCAGACCUGCUGGUUCAGAGCUAUGAAAGCCUUGACCAUAGACUCGGCCAGCUGGAGGGUCAACUGGUGUACGUGGACCCGGGACAGGACCUCACCACUGUCAACAAGCAGCUGAAAAAACUACAGACCAUGGAGACCCAGAUGGAGGAGUGGUAUAAGGAGGUGGGUCAGCUCCAGGUGCAGGUGUCCACCAUCCCGCAGCACACGCAGGUGAAGGAGAAUGUCGGCGGGCGGCAGGCUGCCGUAGAGGCCAGGAUGGUGCGUCUGAUCGAGCCGCUGAAGGAGAGGCGGCGCAUCCUGCUGGCGUCAAAGGAAGUUCACCAAGUUGGACGAGACCUGGAAGACGAGAUUUUGUGGGUUCAGGAGCGCCUCCCCAUGGCCAUGUCUCAGGAGCACGGCUCCACUCUGCAGGAGGUCCAGCAGCUCAUGAAAAAGAAUCAGACCCUUCAGAGGGAGCUGCAGGGCCACAGGAGCCGGAUCGAUGACGUUUUGGAGAGGGCAGGGAUCAUAGCGUCCAUACGCAGCCCUGAGGCCGACUGUGUCAGGGCAGGGCACGACCAGCUGGCCCAGCUGUGGGCUCUGCUCUGGACAGAGACCGAGAGGAGGCAGCUGAUUCUUGAUGCCAUGUACCAGGCCCAGCAGUACUACUUUGACACGGCCGAGGUGGAGACCUGGCUCAGCGAGCAGGAGCUGCACAUGAUGAACGAGGAGAAGGGGAAGGAUGAACCGAGCACACUGCAGCUUCUGAAGAAACACUUGAUCCUGGAACAGACCAUCGAGGACUACGCCGAGACCAUCGGCCUGCUGUCACAGCAGUGUCGACAGCUGCUGGAGAUGGGGCAUCCAGACUGCGAGUACAUCAGCAAGCGUCAGUCUCAGAUCGACCGUCUGUACGUGUCUCUGAAGGACCUGGUGGAGGAGAGGAAGAGCCGCCUGGAGCAGCAGUACUGGCUCUACCAGCUCAACAGGGAGGUGGACGAGCUGGAGCAGUGGAUCGCUCAGAGGGAGGUGGUUGCCAGCUCGCCUGAACUCGGUCAAGACUUUGAGCAUGUUACUGUCCUGCAGGAAAAGUUUACAGAGUUUGCGUCAGAGACAGGCAGUGUGGGACAAGAGCGAGUGACCGCUGUGAACCAGAUGGUGGACGAGCUCAUUGACUACGGCCACUCAGAGGCCGCCACCAUUGCUGAAUGGAAGGACGGGGUGAAUGAGGCCUGGGCAGAUUUACUGGAACUGAUGGAGACCCGGGCGCAGAUGCUUGCUGCCUCACACCAGCUGCACAAGUUUUUCUCUGACUGCCGAGAGGUUUUGACUCAAAUUGAGGACAAACAUCAGAGGCUGCCGGAGGUUCGGGCUCGUCAGGGCAGCACUGCCAACACCAGCACCCUGCAGAGACUCCUGCACAGCUUUGAACAGGACAUACAGCUGCUGGUCACACAAGUGCGUCAGCUGCAAGAGAGUGCAGCCCAGCUGAGGACAGUAUACGCUGGCGAGAAGGCCGAUGCCAUCGCCUGCUGCGAGCAUGACGUGAUGCAGUACUGGAAAGAGUUGCUUACAUCCUGCGAGGAGUGUCGACUACAGAUUACCACUGAGACGGACAAGCUGAGGUUCUUUGGCUUGGUUCGAGAUCAGAUCAUUUGGAUGGACUCAAUCAUCUGUCAGAUCGGGACGGGAGAGAAACCCAGGGACGUGUCCUCAGUAGAGGUGCUGAUGAAUUAUCACCAGAGUCUGAAGAGUGAAGUAGACGCUCGCAGUCAGAGCACCCUGGAGUGUAUCGAGAUGGGUAAAACCCUGCUGGCUGCGAGAAACCCAGCAGCUGAAGAGAUCAAGGAGAAGCUUGAGAAGGUUAUUGGUAAGCAGCUUGAGCUGUCUGAGAAGUGGGACAAGCACUGGGAAGUCUUACAGCAAUUGUUGGAGGUUCACCAGUUUGCCCAGGAGGCGGUGGUGGCCGAAGCGUGGCUGACCGCUCAGGAGCCGUUCAUCAGCAGCAAGGAGCUGGGAGGGAGUGUUGACGAGGUGGAGCAGCUGAUUCGUCGACACGAGGCCUUCCGCAAAGCUGCCGCCACCUGGGAGGAGCGAUUCAGCUCGCUGCGACGACUCACCACGGUAGAAAAAUUGAAAGCAGAGCAAAGUAAACUACCCCCAACGCCUCUGCUGGGUCGGAAAGUCUUCCUAGACCCCCAAGAUGCCUCACUAACUCCAUCCACUCUCCCCCGCCUCCCAAUCUCCCCCGUAGCCAGACAGACCAUCUAUGAACAGAACGAAGCCAGCUCUCCUCCCUCUCCCUCACCUGCUACUCCAACACCUUCUCCUUCAUCUGUGGCGCGUCGACUGGGCUCCACAGUCGCUAACUACAUCCCCGUGAUGAACGGUUCCAGCUACCGCCACACCCUGGAGGCGCGACAGGGUGCUGUGGUUGGAGUGGCUGCAGGAAUAGGCAAGCCUUCGCCUUCCUCGAUCGCAUCGAUAGCCACAGCGGCCAUGCUAGUAUCAGCCAACCAGGCGCGAGAGGGCACCAGUGCAGCGAAAGACCAGGCGGUAAAGGUAAUGAGUCAUCUCCAUCCAGCACAGGCUGCAAGGACACUGGAGACGAAAACGUCCCCAUAUCUGAGGCAGCCAAAAAUCAAACAUUUGGAUGACGCAGUGACGCCGCUGCUUGUGGCCAGCCGACUGGAGAAAGCGAGGGAGAGAGAAAGAGGGAGAGAGCGGGAGAUAAUGAUGGGAGAGAUCGGGACAGAGAAAGCGGAGGUGGCUGUGAUGGCCGAGGUGGUGCUACAAGAGCCUGGCAGGGAGCGUCUGCACAGCGAGCCCACCAGAGGGCCCCGAGUCAGGACUGACCCUUUAGGCCACGCUGAGCCCCAGGUCCAGACCCACGGCCACCGAGGAGAUCACAAGAUAGAAAGGCAGCUGUCCAGCGAGCAGCUGAUCCAGGCACGCAGGGACGAGUUGCCUCAGGAGGUGUGGAGGGAACAUGCAGAGAGGCGGGAUAGACGGACGCUGGAGAGACAAACGUCAAGUGAGAAGGAGGGCCAUGGAGGCCACGAGGGCCGACGAAGAGAAAGAGAUCGACACCGGCUGGAGAGGCAGGAAUCCAGCGAGCACGACACGGGGAAGGAGCACUCAGACAGACGCUCGGCAGGAGGAGAAAAGAGAUCCACCCUGCUAGAAAUUGUAGAGCAGCUUCAAGAAAGAGAAGCAGCACAGGCCCGUGGUGAGGUGCCCCGCCUGCCCAACGGAAUACCAGAAAAGUCUUCCCGUCCCGAGCGGCCUAGAGCUCGGGACAGACCAAAACCCCGGCGGCGACCACGACCCAAAGAGGCCGGAGAGACAACACGGCGGUCCAGGUCUGCUCCGGCCCAGAGCAGCCCGGCAGUCCCCCAGCCGCCAACACACACCGCACACCAUGAGGGCUUCCUUUUCCGCAAGCUGGACAUCGAGAGCCUGAAGAAGAGCACUAAUAGCAGGUCAUGGGUCAACCUCUACUGCGUGCUGAACAAAGGGGAGAUGGGCUUUUACAAGGACGCCAAGAACACUACCACGUCCUACAACAACGAGCCGCUGCUCAACCUCUCCCACUGCCACUGCGACGUCACCAACGGUUACAAGAAGAAGAAGAAUGUCUUCACGCUCAAGACAAAGGAUGGCAGCGAGUUUUUGUUUCAUGCAAAAGAUGAGGAGGACCUCAAAUCAUGGGUCAACAACAUCACCGCGAGUAUUACAGAGCACGAGGAGAUUGCCAAAUGGGGUCAGCCCCAACCAACUACCUCAUCCACCGACGAGGGCACGCGCCGCGACGGGAGCAAGGCGGACAACAGGUCGGAGCGAGGGGGCGAGCGCUCGGACAUGGCCGAUCGUAUUGAGCGGGCAGACAAAGAAAGCGAAAAAGAGAAGGAGAAGGAGAAGGAGAGGGAGAGAGGCGAGCGGUCAGAAAGGUCAGAACGGGGUGGGAAGUCGGACGCAAAGCGCUCAGAAAAGUCAAGUAAGAAAAAGUGAGCUGGACGACAGAUAUUGUCGGGAUUGAAGCAUCUGAACUCCAAAUAGGAGGCGGGGUCAAAGACUGGCAGUGAACGCCCCCCCCCCCUCCUCCUCUCUGCCUCCAGCACUGUCAGCGAAGCGGUUGUGUUUGGAUGGAAAGUGACACACAGGACAGAAGGAUUGACCCAGGCUCACUUACAGGACAGGAUAUGGAGCAGGAGACAUCUUUCUCUCUCUCUCUCUCUCUCUCUCUCUCUCUCUCUCUCUCGUUCGCUCUCGCUCUUCUUCUUGUGUCUUGGUGAGAGCACACACAGUUUACCUAUGCCCCCUGGUGGCAGUUUCAGAGAACUGCAGAGGGAGUUUUGUGCUGCUGGACCCUCCCCCCCCCCGGCAGCGUUAAUGCAAGAGAGCGGGACGGGAAACACGCGUCACGUUUACUCCAAGGCUGUUACUGAUUGCUGGUAGUACGAUAAAACGUAGCUCAUUCUGUUCCAUGUUUGAUUUUUUCUAUGAGAGGCGCUGUAUCUGUAUGUAUUUCCUGUCUGUCCGUCCUAUCUACUGUAUCUUAUCUGUCUGUCUGUAAGUCAAGACAUCCUACACUAUGUCUUAUUACUCCUCAGAAACUGAAAGAGAAUGAAAGAAAGCCAAAAUGUUUUACAGACUUCAAAAACUUAGAGAAACAUGAUGUGUUGUUUUCUCACUCGUCCGUUCUGUCUCGAGCUCUGAACAAACAAUAACGCGGGAAUGAAACUGGUUUUUCUUUGAAUCUCAAAACAGCACUGAACCACAAACAUCCACAUGCACCACUGAUGUAUGAACACUACUCGACAGAAAACAGUUUUGUGGGAAGAUGCACAGAUGAUGAUGAUGAUGUAGGACGUGAGAAGAGUAGAUGGCCUCAAAGCAAUCAGGACAGAAAACAGAGGAAUGAAUGAAUGUUUAAUCACUGCCCUGAAACAUAACCAAGGGCUUUUAAUUUUAACCCAAGUGAAGGAUCACAACUGCAAAAAUGACUUCAAUGUUCUUACAGUUUAUGUUGGAUUCUGUCCAAGAAGAGCAGCUUUCAUUUAUUUAUUUAUUUAUAAAGAGCUUAUUUAGGAUUGAAGGUUUUUUUUUCUGUUGCACUGAUGGGAGGCUUUAACCUUUUAAUUAAAGACUUCAGACGGUACGGUCACAGCGGCUAACAAGGCUCCAAGGUGUAAUUAAUAAGAGAUAAGACUGCACAGUUUGAUGAGUGAUCACAACGAGAUAAAAACGUAAUCUGAUGAUUGACUCUGGUUUUUCGAGAGGCCUCGUUUGUUAAAAUUUUAAUUAAGGUUACAAAAUAGCAAAAAAGUGAAUGCCUUUUUAUUUUGGCUUUCUGUAGAGGCUGAGAUUGAUUGUUUUCUAUCUUAGAGGGAAUCAGAGAAAUUCCCGGUAACCUGACCCUCAGUUUUUCAUGAAUAACAUUUUUGGCUUGGUCAUAAGCACAAAAUCAGCGCCUGGCAUGUUUUUAAUGAAUGAGGCCCUCAGGCUAAAAAAAAACAAAAAAACAAAAAGAAACAGGCCCUCGUCUACUCUUUUAUUCUCUCACUACUUCAAACUACUCUUUUGUUUUUUCUCUUUUGGUUACUCACACAAAUCUUUGGCAUCCUUUUUUUGAAAACAGAUAUGAAGUGUGUAUGUACACGAGCGUGUGUGUGUGUGUGUGCGUGCGUGUGCAUGUUUGUGCUGCUGCUCUCUGCUCCCAGGGUCUCCAUAGCUCUCAGGUUAUUUAUGUUAGUAUGUGCUUACAGUGUGCUACAUGUGUUUAUAUGUUCGUCCGCUCAUAUGACACAUCGGUCUUCCAGACACGUCUGAUCCAACACACAUUUUCACACACUGAUUGUCUCAUUAUUCUUCAUCCCAUUAGUGAAGAACGAGACGAGGAUGAAUGACUGGAUGAAUAAGAGGAUGAAGUGACACGCCGCUGAGAGGCAGGAUUUCAGACUGACCAAAUAUUUAGAGAAACAUGGGUCACAGUGUCCGUAUGUUGUGAGAUGAUUGCAUGUUUUGCUUGGAGAGAAAAUCACUCGUCACAUACAGCUCGUCUUUGUAGCCCACAGACUCAGCAUCCACUCGUGUGUUUAUGUUUGAACUCGCCCACAAAGCCAUAAAUGAAAGGAAGGGAAGGUCAAUAUAAGGAGGAGAAUCGUCAUAGUUUAUUUAACCUGUAAAUGCAGCCGGGCAAACUGAAGGCAGUUUGACGCCCUGGUGGAAGCAUCCCACAGGUCAGGUAGCAUUUAAGAUCCUUUUAAAGAAGUCUGUUCUGGUAUCACAGCUACUGUAUGAACGGUUUGUUUCUGUUUCUCUUAUUGUUGAUUAUUUGCUCUGUUAAUGACGUUGUCUUUAAGAACCAAUAAAAAAGCCAGGACAAACCAGCCGCAGUCAUCUGGUGGAGAUGUUAACCACGUGUACAUUUUUUAAACCAAACAGUGAAUGAUGAUCCUUUCAGUCUGCUGUAAAAGCAUAAAACACAAUUUAUUAUUCAUUCUGAUUCACACAUGUCCAAGUAAGUUGUCUUUACCUCAGUGUGGUAACGAGCUCAGUAGUGCCCCCUGAGGCGGAGGGCUAAAGGUGUAUUUGGUGUUUUUCCUCCCAACAACCACAGGGGGCAACACUGAGCCAAAACACUGAAAAUCAGACUUAAACAAUAAACUAGUUUAGAUUUGUUCUUUGUCUGAUGUGAUUUUCAAAAGGUUUUUUUGUCAGUUUUACCUCAAGAAACUUAAAGGAUGAUGAUUAACUGACUGGUUGGAUAAAUUUGUGACGGGUUAACUCGACCACCUCCAGUAAAGAGAAGCUAUACCUGAGCUUUUUUUUUUUUUUGGAGGGGGGGGGGGUCUUCCACUUUGGCUGCUAUUGUGGACUUUUAAAUAUCAGUGUUUCAAAAACUCUGACCAUCAACUGCUUAUACGUAACAGUGACCUUUGACCUCUUGCUGCCGGUGAUGGAGCUAAGACUGCCAGCGGCUGUCAAUCAAAAGCUGACACUUCCCUUCUGUUUCUGUGACGGGCAUUUCUAACAUGUCCUCAAGUUUUUUUUUUAAAUCUCUUUUAACUAUGAAAAUAUAGUUAACAUAAAAAAAAAAAAAAAAAGCUCUGACGUGAAUUUUUGAUUCUAGCGGAUGACAAAAUUGACUUUUUAAAAAUCCUCCUCCAUGUGCUGGUAGUUUCUCCCUCUCAGAUUUCUUUUUUAUAUUCUCAGUCGUCUAUUUUUUUUUUUUGCCUGGUUGAUAGAUUUCUUUGCAUCUUUAAAAAGUGUGAAGAUCGUACUAUGAAAGCAAUAUUCUAUCUCUCUGUACCUGUAUGAAGAUUUUCACUGAAGGAUUUUAAAUUCUGUCCUGACCUGUUGGUCCGGUUUUUGUGUUUAUCAUAAAACACGUCUUAAAAAAGUGUAACUUUUUUCUUUUUUUUUUAAUCUUUGUUUUAUUUCAACACACUUUAUGCAUCUUAACUGAGUGUGAAUGCCAUAUCAAUGCAAUCAUUUACAUGCAUGAUGAACACAACGAACAAAGAGAUGAAUUUUGAAUGAGCAAAUCUUCCGAGUGUGAAGUGACAGUUCGGUCCUCUGCUGUGGGAUCGUGAAUCUAAACACUCUUUAUUAUAGAUACACACAGGACAAACAUGCAGGGUACAGCCGACUGAAAACAUCACAAAGUUGAAAAUGAUUUGAGCCAUUGUGUCGGGUCGAGUCUGUUUUCAGCAGAAACAAACAGAACAUGUUUUACACGUAUGUGUCUUUGUUUGUGUGCUCGGAUGUACGGCGUCCUCAGGUCCUUUGAAAGGCGCUACAUGACUUCAAGCUAUCAUUACUGUUCUUAUUCUAGUUACAUCACGACAGACUGAAGUGACUCUAUAUGACUGUUGGAUGAGCUCGUACGUACCCUGCGUGUUUGUGUGUCUGUGCUGUUCUGUUCACAUCAGCCUCAGUCUGUCGGCAGAGAUGAAAUGAUGAAUAAAAUACCUUUUGCUUUAUCA